UCUGGCUAUUGUCAGGUUAAUCGAGCUUAAGUGUCUCAUUAAUCUGGGUCAUUACUUUUUCUUUUUACGUUUUUAUGAUUUACAAUUUUCAUUGAAUCUUUUUCCAUAUUUAAAAACAAACUCCAAAUGACAUUCUAAAUAGAAAAGAAAUUGUUUAAAAAGAUUUUUUGGCUUAAUUUUGUUUUGAUUUUCUCUGGGAUUGUAUAGAAAUUUGUCUUUGUUUUGGGUUAAAAGUGCAACAAGGAAAUAUAGCCGCAAGCGGCACAUGACUAUUCGGAAUCCAAUAAUGCACUCACUCAUGUGGUGCGUUUGUCAAGCGCUUAAUGUGUGUGCUGUUUGUUUCUGCUAGUUUUAUACAUCUGUCCCUGAGUGACUGUGAGGGAUGUGUAAUUUCAUGAGUUUUCGUGCAUGGGAUGUAGAUUUCACAUUAGAUUUACAUACACCCCAUCCCAUCAUAAUAUAAAUUCAGGACACCUGCAAGUUCAUACACCAACAGUGAAAUGAGUUUGAGGAAUCUUUUAGAAAUGGUAAGAGGUAAGACCAGUGAAAUAGUCAAUCCAGCUGUUGCGAGAUGGUGGCACUAUACCAGACAUGCAUUUUAGGCAUACAGUUCUUGUUCAGAGAAGAAAGUUAAUUCUAACGUAACGGAGUAACAGCUUUAGGCCCUGUAUAAGGCUAUAAGAUAUUAGUGUUGUUUUUGCAUGUUUAUUAAAGGUGCAGUCAAUGAUUUUACUCAAUUUCAAGCCCAUACAUUUUUUGUCACAUUCAGCAAACUAUGUCUGGAAUGUUGCAUCAUCUGAUCAGCUCUUCUGUUCGGUCGUCAGAGAGUGCUCCCAUCAAACUAGUUUGAGUAAAUAUCUACGAUUUUUCAACGACUAGGAAUCUUGUACGGUCACUAGAAGUUUGUAACUAGAUUCCUUUAAAUUAUUUCCUGUCUUGCACCAGAUAUCAACGGAAACUCAACGAGGAUUGGCAAAAAACAUGAAUAUAUAAAUUAAACUUUUUUACUAAUUGAAAUUACACACUCUUAUUCUUAAAUAAAUCUCAUUGAGAGAUAUAAAUACCAGAGAGAUAUUCCUCCUCAAAAUCUUUCUGAUGCUAAUUUGUAUAUACAAGUCAAUGGGUGGAUUGCAAUCUAUAUGGAUAGAUGGCACUAUUGCUCAUCUAGUUAAUCUACCUAGGCAGGAAAAAAAAGUUAUAUUAUUUGACCAAAUUCAUCCAGAAAACCAGUCUGAUUUCACUCUUUUAAUGGAAUCAGGAUUAUCCUUCUUUUUGGAGGGGUGUCCAAUUAAUUUCAACCCUGAGCGCAUGCCGAAAAUUUUAUCAAAUCAGAUGUGAUCAAACCCCCCAAAACUUGAUUACUUUUCAACAACUGGGCCAUGAUGCAGACCCAUAAGUAAAAUGUCCUAUCUGUUCACUGACCCUCUCUUUCUUGUAAUGUUUAAGUCAUAACUAGUGAUUAUACUUCUGCAUUUAAAUUCUAUUUGAAGUUAGAUAUUUCCUCGUCAGUAUCUAAUCUAGAAUGUGGAACAUCUAUCGUCAUUCUAAGUCUCUAUGGUAACUCUUCCAGGCGUAUCAGAACAUCCACAUGUAAUGGCACAGAAGAUCCAUGGACAGAAUGAUGAACUCAACCUGCAGCUCAAAGGAAGGCUGCACCACUGCACAGUCUGCAGGAAGAGUUUCACAGCCCUGAGAGAACUUGACAAACACCAGCAAACACACUCAGUUAGAGUGAACGAACAAGAGAGGUCUUGCAAAAAGCCACAUAAAUAUUCUCAUUGUGAAAAAGCAUUCACAACACCCUCACUAGUCAACCGCUACAUGCUUAGCCAUACAUGUAACCAGUGUGGAAAAGCAUUCACACAAAAAGCAGCUCUUAAAAACCACAUGCUAAUACAUACAGGAGAGAAACGUCAUAAAUGCGUCCAGUGUGAAAAAACCUUUUUUCAUAGUUCAUCUCUUAAAACCCACAUGCUAAAACACACUGGAGAAAGGCCUCAUAAAUGUACCCAGUGUGGAAAAGCAUUCACACAAAAAGCAGCUCUUAAAAACCACAUGCUAAUACAUACAGGAGAGAAACGUCAUAAAUGUGUCCAGUGUGAAAAAACCUUUUAUCAGAGUUCAUCUCUUAAAACCCACAUGCUAAAACACACUGGAGAAAGGCCUCAUGAAUGUGCCCAGUGUGGAAAAGCAUUUAUAACCUCCACAGGUCUCAAUCGCCACAUGCUUACACAUACUGGAGAAAAGCUUCAUAAAUGUGACCAGUGUGGAAAAACCUUUUCUCAGUGUUCAUCUCUUAAAACCCACAUGCUAACACACACUGGAGAAAGGCCUCAUCAAUGUACCCACUGUGAAAAAGCUUUUACACACUUCUCCACUCUUAAAAGACACAUGCUCACACACGCAGGAGAGAAGCCUCAUAAAUGUGCUCAGUGUGGAAAAGCAUUUAUAACCCCCACAAAUCUCAAUCGCCACAUGCUUAUACAUACUGGAGAAAAGCUUUAUAAAUGUGUCAGGUGUGGAAAAGCUUUUGCACAAAUUUCAAAUCUUAAAACCCACAUGCUAAUACACACUAGAGAAAAGCCUCAUAAAUGUACCCAGUGUGAAAAAGCUUUUACACACUACUCAACUCAUAAAAAACACAUGCUCAUACACACUGGAGAGAAGCCUCAUAAAUGUGCUCGGUGUGGAAAAGCAUUUAUAACGACCACAGAUCUCAAUCGCCACAUGCUUACACAUACUGGAGAAAAGCUUUAUAAAUGUGUCAGGUGUGGAAAACCUUUUGCACAAAUUUCAAAUCUUAAAACCCACAUGCUGAUACACACUGGAGAGAAGCCUCAUGAAUGUGCCCAGUGUGGAAAAGCUUUUACGCGCUUCUCAACUCUUAAAAAACACAUGCUCAUACACAUUAGAUAGAAGCCUCAUAAAUGUGCCCAGUGUGGAAAAGCAUUUAACCUCCACAGAUCUCAAUCGCCACAUGCUUACACAUACUGGAUAAAAGCCUUAUAAAUGUGUCCAAUGCGGAAAAGCUUUUUCACAAAUGUCAACUCUCCCCUCACUGCUCCCCAAGCGCCGCUGUAGCAGGCAGCUCACU